AUGGGGGUAAGCAAGUUGCAGGUCAGAAAUUAAUGGAAACGAGUCAAAUCUUUUAUCUUUAGGGGUCCUUUCCGGAAUUCUCGUGAAACCAACCUAUUUAACACCCUCACAUAUAUUUGUAUGUAUUUGGAUCACGUAUCUACAGUUUAUGUUCACACCCUCCUAACUGUUUGAUUAAAUGCCCCAGUGAGUUCUCUUCACAGUGAUUCAUCCCAAACAAAACCAUUUUCUCCCCCUCUUCUUCUUUUCUGAAAAGGGUGAUAUUCCAACUGGUGUUUUGAAGUUUGAAUUGAGAGGAAGAAGAUACCCUCCAACUGUUUGAUUGAAUGCCCCACUGAACUCUUUUCAACAAAACCCCUUUUCUCUCUUUUGGUUUUGGUGAUUCGAAUUGAGAAGAAGAAGAUCUGAUAUGGGUUGUUGUUUUAGUGUGGGAUUGAAGAUUGAAAGCUCACGUUUAGAUGGUAAGGUUACAUCCGCUUCGGUGCCACCGAGCCCCCGGAGUCAAGCCGAGAUUUUGCAGUCUGGAGAUUUAAAGCCCUUUAGUUUCAAUGUUCUUAAAAUGGCCACCCGAAAUUUCCGACCCGAUAGUGUACUUGGAGAAGGCGGUUUCGGGUCGGUUUUUAAAGGGUGGAUCGAUGAACAAUCGCUUGCAGCUGCGAAACCUGGUACCGGCACCGUCAUUGCGGUUAAAAGAUUGAACCAAGAAGGUCUUCAAGGUCAUCAAGAAUGGCUGACUGAAAUUAAUUAUUUAGGGCUGCUAAAUCAUCCAAAUCUUGUGAAGUUAAUCGGUUACUGCUUAGAAGAUGACCACAGGAUGUUAGUGUACGAGUUCAUGCCUCGAGGCAGCUUGGAAAACCAUCUAUUUAGAAGGAGUUCCUACUUUCAACCGCUUUCGUGGAAUCUAAGAAUUAAAGUGGCUCUUGGCGCUGCAAAGGGGCUCGCGUACCUUCACAGCCCGGAAGCAAAAGUGAUCUAUCGCGAUUUCAAGUCAUCAAACAUCUUGAUUGACUCUAGUUAUAAUGCAAAACUUUCGGAUUUCGGGUUGGCGAAGGAUGGACCGGUGGACGGGAAAAGUUAUGUAUCUACAAGGGUUAUGGGUACCUAUGGAUAUGCAGCUCCUGAAUAUAUGGCCACAGGUCACCUAACCGCAAAGAGCGACAUAUACAGUUUUGGGGUGGUCCUUCUAGAAAUCUUAACAGGUAGACGGUGCAUAGACAAGAACCGUCCAACCGGUGAGCAAAAACUCGUUGAGUUUGCGAAGCCGUACUUGACCAGCAAACGAAGGAUUCUUCAAAUCAUGGACCCACGGCUAUCCGGGCAGUACUCACCAAAUGUAGCCAUGAGAGCCGCGCUGCUCGCAACUAAAUGCUUACUAAAGGACCCCAAGCACAGGCCCUCGGCUGAUGAGGUGGUCAAAUCACUAGACCAGCUUCAAGAUUUGCAGAAAGCUGCUGAUGUUUCAAGAAGAGAACCGAUUCGGAAACACGGGGAUGGCAAGCUUGUUUAUUAUCCGAGACCUGCCGGUUCGGGUUCGGGGUCAGGGUCGGGGUCGGGUAGUGGCAGUAGUUGAGAAAGGAGAGAUUAUGGAUGUACAGUUGUGAUAAUUGAAUCCCAAUUGAAGGGGGUUUUGUAUUGUUAGAAUGAGAUUCAUUUUUAUAAUACAAGGUUCUGUUCAUUUAUGUUG